AUGCUUCGCAACGCCUUGUAUCUCGCCGCGGCUGUUUCCGCUAUUGCAGCUCCAGCUGCCGCUCAGGCACACGGUGAAGGAGAGCAGGGCGCCUCUAUGGGACCAGUUGCUUUCCUCUGGCCCGCAGAUCGUCCAUGGUCCGCCUCUGAAGACAACAAGGCUCCUUGUGGUUCCGUCAGCGGCCCAACCACCCGAGCUGACUUCCCACUUGUCGGUGGAGCUGUUGCUCUGUCCAUCGCUGACGAUGCAUGGAACGUAGUUUUCCGUAUUGCUUACGGAAACAACCCAACCACUCAGAGUGCAUUCAAUACUUUCGUCCCAGCAAGAGUUGAUGCGAUCGAGCCUGGUCACCAGUGCUACAAGGCACCCACAAUCGCCAAUGUCGCUGAGGGAACUAAUGCCACCAUCCAGAUGGAAUACUGGUCCAACGACUCUGGCAAGGACGAGUCUUUCUUCGCCUGCGCCGAUAUCACUCUCGUUGGUGCCACCGCUUUCGCUGACACCAUUCCAUGCUUCAACGUUACCGCCUCUGAGUUCGAGGCCCCACAGUCAACUGAGACCGUCAUCCAGGCCGCUCCAGAGCAGCCCGCUUCCGACAAUGGUCUCUCCACUGGCGCAAAGGCUGGUAUUGCCGUUGGCUCCAUCCUUGGUGCCUCCGCCAUCAUCGGUGUUGCUGUCUUCUUCGCCUUCCGCAAGCGCUCCAAGCCAGCUGACAGCGAAUCCACUCCAUACAUGAGCCAGACCAAGGGCGCUCAAUCUGUUGAGUCUGUCCCAGCUGCUGCUCGCCAGUAA